AUCAUUCAGCAGACUAAUUUGGUAUGACAGGAGCUUAUAUACAAGUCCAUGAGGAAGCUGAGCUGGUUUCCAAUGAGAGGGCAGCACCGGCUAACAACAUAAAAGGACAGGUGUUACUAAGUAGUAUUUAUACAGCAGUGAAUAUUAAAAUACACUUCAGAGUGUUAUACCUGUGUGCAGGAGCAGCUUGAAAAGUAACAAAAGACAGAGAAAGAGAGUGAGAGCAAUUAGAAAGAGAGCACAAAGAUUGAGGGGAAGAAACUUUGAGUGCUUGCCAGAAAGUUUUUUAUUUUGUUUGUCUUGAGUGAGUGGUGGCACUGUAGCAUGUUUAGGAAACCUGCUCUCUCCACAAUCUCUAAUGGAAGCUCUUUGCAGGGGCAAUCUACUGGCAGGUUGCACUCUCUGGACAGUAAAGAGCCAGCCCAAGAAGAAAAAGUGGUGCUGAAGAAGAAAGUAACUUUUUUGAGAGGGGUAUCCAUUAUAAUUGGCACUAUCAUUGGAGCAGGAAUCUUCAUCUCUCCCAAAGGGAUCCUAAAGAACACAGGCAGUGUGGGAAUGUCCUUGAUUCUCUGGACGGUGUGUGGUAUCCUCUCACUGUUUGGUGCACUGUGCUAUGCUGAAUUGGGAACAUGUAUCAAGAAAUCCGGUGGCCACUACACUUACAUCCUGGAGGCGUUUGGCCCGUUACCAGCUUUUGUUAGAGUCUGGGUGGAACUGCUUAUAAUACGCCCUGCUGCCACAGCAGUGAUAUCCUUGGCAUUUGGACGCUAUAUUUUGGAACCAUUUUUUAUCCAAUGUGAAAUUCCAGACCUCGCAAUUAAGCUUAUUACAGCUGUUGGCAUCACAGUGAUAAUGGUCCUGAAUAGCAUGAGUGUCAGUUGGAGUGCUCGCAUCCAGAUUUUCCUUACCUUUUGCAAGCUCGUAGCAAUUUUGAUAAUUAUAGUCCCUGGAGUUAUGCAGCUAAUUAAAGGAGAAACACAGCACUUUAAAGAUGCAUUUGCAGGGAAUGAUGCCAGUGUUAUGGGAUUACCUCUCGCUUUUUAUUCAGGAAUGUAUGCCUAUUCAGGCUGGUUUUACCUCAAUUUUGUUACUGAAGAAGUAGAAAAUCCUGAGAAAAACAUACCACUCGCAAUAUGCGUUUCAAUGGUUAUUGUCACAGUUGGAUAUGUGUUAACAAAUGUGGCCUAUUUCACUACAAUCAGCCCUGAGGAACUGCUAAAUUCAGAGGCCGUGGCAGUGACCUUUGCUGAACGAUUAAUGGGAAAAUUUUCAUUAGCUGUUCCAAUAUUUGUCGCCCUUUCCUGCUUUGGAUCUAUGAAUGGUGGCAUCUUUGCAGUUUCCAGGAUGUUCUACGUUGCAUCCCGUGAGGGUCACCUUCCGGAAAUUCUCUCCAUGAUUCAUGUCCGCAAGCACACUCCUCUGCCAGCUGUCAUUGUUUUGCACCCUCUAACAAUGAUAAUGCUCUUCACUGGUGAUCUGUACAGCCUCCUGAACUUCCUCAGUUUUGCCAGGUGGCUUUUUAUUGGACUGGUAGUUGUUGGGCUGAUUUAUCUCAGAUAUAAACGCCCUGAUAUGCCUCGUCCUUUCAAGGUGCCGCUAUUUAUUCCAGCUUUGUUUUCUUUCACCUGCCUCUUCAUGGUUGCACUGUCACUUUACUCUGAUCCUGUCAAUACAGGAAUAGGCUUUGCAAUAACCUUGACUGGUGUCCCCGCCUACUACCUCUUUAUCAUAUGGGACAAGAAGCCAAGAUGGUUCAGAAGGCUCUUAGACAGGGUAACUGAAACAUUGCAAAUCAUCCUGGAGGUUGUCCAAACGGAAGAUGGCUUGAAAUCGUGAUCACUUGCGUCAUGAAGAAGCAGGUGUUGCCUGAGUGCCCCAUUUCAGCUUGGGGCGUUGGGGUAGGGAGGUUUUUCCCCCUCCCUGGAAGUUCAGUGAAUUACAAGAGCAAGUCACAGUUAAAAUGAAGCCUGAAAAAGAAUUGGUUACUAGAGCUGUAAUUUUUUUUACAUUCUCAAACUUUUGUACAAGGAGUUGAUAUAUGUAGAAAGUACAUCUGCUCUGUGCUGUAAAAUAACAGAAGCCACAGCACUCAUGUGGACAUCGAUCCCAUCUUGUCUCUCUGGGAGAGUGGGAACAAGUAGAAAAAAAUGAAAAAUCUCAUGAAUAUUUCCCUUUUAUAAUAUUAUAUUUUAACAAACCUUAGGUUCUUCAAAUUGGGGAUUUUACUACAUUGUCAAUAAACAUUUGUUCUGGAAAUGUUUUUGUAAUCAGAUAUACUGUGAACAGUGUAUCCUGCACCCUGCUCAUGAAGAACCUAGCCUUCACUGGAGAGAAGGGCAAGGUAAAGCAUCUUAGUUAAAAGUUUGGGUCAACAUUGUUCUUUCUUUCUCUCCAUUCUUCACGCAUAUCUUACUUCUCUUGUCUCAACUGAAGCAGCACCUCAGUUCCCCACAUACAAACAGGGUGGCUUCACCCACCUUUGUGGUGGCCUAGUAGGAUUGCUAAAUUUCCUGAGUUUUUUUCAAUAGAGUAAUUGAAAAUAGAUUCUGAUAUUUAAUAUUGAUUUUCUGCUAAAGGGAAGGCAAAUUUUAGGUUUGAGGCAAUAAUUUGAUGCAUUUGAAAAGUUUCUACAAGCUUGAAAGUUAUCAUUGGUUCUGCUGGUAUUCCACGGUAUAUAUGUAAGAAAUAUCUCUCAGUCCAGUAAAUACUUUCAAAUCAGUUGAGACAUUUGAAAUUCAACCACUGAAUAUACAUGGAUAUUUGUAGUCUAGGAAAACAUGGAUCUGCAGUCGUCAUUUAGAGUCCUCAUUUAAAGACAAUUAACAGUUGGUUAACAGAUGUGAUUGGAAGUACCAGUUAUGGAAUCAAUGGGAAUUUUGUCCAAGAAAGGACAGCUGUUUUGGAAUAAGCAUACUAAGUGAAAGGUGAAUUAGAGAAGGUUUGGAAUUGGAAUUGAAUUGGAUAUGUACACAAACUGCGGGAUUUUUUCUUAAACACAUACCAAGUUCUUCGGUCUUGAUAUCUCAGCAAAUGAUGUUCUUCUACAAAACCUACUUCCUGGUUCCCAGUUUCAACUGAAACUAGAAAUUAGGGAGGAAAUUGGGUUGCAAAAAUUGAGGGAAAACUUGGUUCAGAAUCAAAACAGUUUGGUGGGUUUUUUUUUCCAGUUUGUGGUUUGGGUUAAGGUUUGGCUCAGUUGUGACUUAGCUUGCCCUUUCCUAUUAAUAAUACUUUGCACAGUAGGUGAACACUGAAAUAUUUUAAAUGCUCAAGAAAGUGGUUCUAUAUUUCAAAGACUACUCCAGCCUUAGGAUAAGAUGUUAUUGUUAAUAUGUUAGAAAAAAACCCCGUAAUUAGAUAUUUAAAUAUCUACUUUUAAAACUGUUGCCUAUUAGAAGAUAAAUUGUUUCUUCAAAACCUUCAUGAAACAGACAGAAAUCUUUUAAUUUAUAUAUAUUGAGAGAAAUACUAGAACUAUCUAAACUUCUACAGUUAAAGGGAUGCUGUCAACUUGAAGUAAUCAAUUUUAAAAAAGAAGAGGUUUAAAGUCUGUUCACUGCACAUGCUUCUGAGGUCUCCUGCCAGUUUUUGUGGUCUUAUAAUCACAUUUUCCUGGUUUUUUUUGUGCAGUUUUUUUCUCCUGUGUUUGUGUGAAAGACCCACAUAAAUAGGGAAGAUGCAGUAAUUGACUAGAUUGUGUGCAGUUAGUAUUACUGUUUCCUCUAAGUGCAGUCAAAUGAACAAAGUAGAGAGGACAAUAUUUUUCCGCUGAUCUCUUUCAAUUAUAGUAGCCUUAAGUAUUGUUUGCAACUACAAUAGACAAAUAUUUUCAGACAGAUUUUUAUGUUGACUGGGUUCCUUUAAGUUUACUAUAGUAUUAUUUUUGUUUUCUUCUUACAGAGAUUGAAAUUUAGAAGUGUUAAGAGAGCCUGUUUCAACCAUCACUUUCCAGUAGCAUUAGUUUCACACAAGCAGUUACUUUGUCUUAAGAGAAAUCAUUGAAUUUACUGCAAUUGUAUAUUUAAAAGAAAAAUAACUUGUGAAAUAACAUAAUGAUUUUUAAAAUGGCACACAGGUGCUUAUGAUUCUAAUUAAUGAUUCAAUUCCAUGAAUAUAUACAAUGUUAAUGCAAAAAAUAUUUUAAUCAGAUGUCCAUUGAGUUACAAAAAGUCAGAACUAAGGACAUGUAUUGGGUUCUGAAGUAAUGGGUAUAACUGCACAAAACAAAGGAAGUAGACAAUAUAAAGAAAUCCUUGGAAUGCUGCUUUUGACCUUUCUAAGAUGUCAUUUCAAGUCCUUCAAGAAAGAUCCCCUAAAAUAGCAUGCUAAACUUAUGUUGUGACUUUUCUCAUUUAGGGCCCAAUUAUGCACCCAUUCAAAGCAAUGGAACUAGUAUUAUGGUAAGGAUUUGCAUCCUACUAUUACUAGUGUGGAUAAGAAUCAGGACCUUAAACUUUUAUCCUCCUUUUUUUACCCUCAAACCUCUUUACCAACCAGCUACUAUCAAAACGCCUCUUGCUGGGAAUAUGGGAUGUGUUUUUCUUUCU